AUGGUUGCAGGUAGCUUCCAGUUUGUGUGCAGCCAGAGGGGCAAGCCGCAGCUGAUCUUCAAGAACUUCCUGUUCAAUUCGGAGUACAGCCGGGGGACGCGUCGCUCGUGGGCCUGCGUGAACUACAGCAAGACCAAGUGCCGGGUGCGUGUGGUGACGCAGGGAGACCGGAUCGAAGUGCGUCACUGGCAGCACAACCACGAGCCCCACACGUCCAUAAUCCAGCAGAAGCGCUUUUUUGCCCCUCCGUGCUUCGUCCAGAGCGCGCGCGGAAACCUACAGCUGGUGGUGAACGACUUCCUCUUCAACACGGAGCACAAGUGCGGCGGGCGGCAGUACUGGCAGUGCGUCGACUACAGGAAGACGCGUUGCCGCGCCCGCGCCGUCACGGACGGGAACCUGCUGGAGGUGCGCUUCGCCGCCCACAACCACGAGCCCCACACGGACAUCAUCAACCGGAAGAAGGUCAAGAGAUUCGCCCAUCUUCUUCCCGCAGGAGCGUUCCAGUACGUGCACAGCAGGAAGGGGAAGCUGCAGCUGAUCUGGGGCGACUUCCUGUUCAACUCGGAGCACGUGCACGCGGGCCGGCAGUUCUGGCAGUGCGCGCGCAACUACAGGACCAAGUGCCGUGCCCGGGUGGUGACCCACGGCGACCAGCUGGAGGUGCGCCACGCGCAGCACAACCACGAGGCCGACACGGAGACCAUCCGCAAGAAGCUGGCGUGCAGUGGUCUCCGGUGGGAGUGAGCUGCGAUGGCGGUGUGUCCGUGCAAGGCUGAAGCAGAAGAUUGAGAUCACCCCCUUUCACAGGGGUCUAAAUUCAAGAUAAUUUUUUUUUUUUUUAAAUCUAAAAUCAACACUAGUCAAUAUCAAAAUAUCGUAGAAAUAGCUUCAAAAAAAUAUUUUAAUGUUGAAUCCUACUGUAAUUUUUUCGAAAUUUAUAAACUUUUUAUUUUAACAUGAUAACUGAUGUAGUUUGUUAACAAAUAUCAGAUAUAAAUUAUGUAAACACUGCUGGUUUGUUAUUCUGCCUGAGAAUUUAAUUUUUAUAGCAGAUUGUUUGGGGGGUCUUCGACCCACUUGUUUUAUUGCUCCUACCAUGCUAACAGUAAAGGUUGAAUGGAAAUUGUUUGACAUAAAUUGGGUGGCAGGGAAGGCCAAAAGAAGUUCGGAAACACAAUCCGGCACAGUUACAGGUGCAAACAUUAAAGUAUCAU